CAAUCUGACCGUCAAAAAAGAAAUUGAAAUUCAAAAGCUAGAGAGGGAGGAAGAGCGAGACAAGGCUCUACUCGCUCCUCUUCUCCUCCCUUCUUCCCUGAGAAUUCCUGCGUUUUCCGCCCACGCGCUCCGCAUAUCGACACAAACGCAUAUUCAGGGGCGUAUAUCUGCGCUGCAGCGGAUCGAUUUCCAGUUGAUUGAGCUCGAUCCUUUGAGAUUUUGGAGACGGCAUUCGGAGGAUUUUCUCCGUUGAAUCUGAGCUGCGUGAUCGCAGUGUUUCGUUAUCGAUUUUGAAUUCCUGCAAUUUGUCCAACACUGCUUCGGAAUUGUAAAUUUUGUGAAGUUCUGUGGAGUUUGGUGCUCUUUUGGAGGGGGGGGGGGGNGAAUCGAUCUCGGUUUGUAAAUCGUUCUUGGUUUGAAUGGAGAAAAGUGAUGGAGGGGAUUUCCCUCCAAAAAGGUCACAACCGGAGGUGGUUUCUAUAGUCACCACUGCGCCCCCGCAACCAGCAUCCGUGGAGCUUCCGACAAAGAAGCUGGCAAGGCAGCUGGAUUUCACGAGUCCCAGCCAUGGGGGAGGCGAUGGCAGUUCUGCUGUGGGGAUAAUUCAGGAGCAUCAUGGGCGUAAUCAACAGCCUGUGGCGAAGCUUAGCCACUCCCCACGGCCACACUUGCAGCCACAGCUCAUUGUGAAGCCAAGCCACCCAUCCCGACCGCAAUUACAGAUACAACAACAUAUACUGUUGAUGUCUAUGCAGCAACCCCCUGUGCCGCCCCAUAUUCCUUCAAUGCGACCUAUGAAACCAGAAUCUCCAAGGGCACGUCCAAGGCAAAUCUCUGCUGAAGUGAAAGAAGGUACACCAAAGAAGCAAAAGCAAUGUAAUUGCAAACACUCUAGAUGCUUGAAAUUGUACUGUGAAUGCUUUGCAUCAGGCAUAUAUUGUGAUGGGUGCAACUGUGUAAACUGUUUCAAUAAUGUGGAAAAUGAAGCUGCUAGACGAGAAGCUGUUGAAUCUACUUUGGAACGCAAUCCACAUGCAUUUAGGCCUAAAAUUGGUAGCAGUCCCCAUGGAAUCCGGGAAAAUAGGGAGGAGGCUGGGGAUGGUUUGAUCUUGGGGAAGCAUAACAAGGGAUGCCACUGCAAAAAAUCAGGGUGCCUUAAAAAGUAUUGUGAAUGUUUCCAAGCUAACAUUCUAUGCUCAGAAAAUUGCAAAUGCAUGGACUGCAAAAAUUUUGAAGGAAGUGAAGAGAGGCAAGCUCUAUUCCAUGGAGAUCAUUCAAAUAACAUGUCAUAUCUGCAGCAGGCAGCAAAUGCUGCAAUAACUGGUGCUGUUGGGGCAUCUGGCUACGGAUCUCCUCCUGUUAGCAAGAGGAGGAAGGGGCAGGAGCACCCUUUUGCAACAACGAUGAAAAACCCAGUUCACACGUUUGGGCAGUUUCCGCAGACCAACCAUAUUAAACCUUGUAUACCAACCUCUUCAAUGCCUUCAAUUUCCAAUGCUCGUAUUGGCAGUUCAACCACAAUGGGACCUUCAAAAUUUACUUAUAGAUCUUUAUUAGCAGACAUGAUCCAACCAGUGGACGUGAAAGAGCUUUGCUCGGUUUUGGUUUAUUCUUCAAGGCAAGCUGCCAAACUGCUUGCAGAGGAUAAAAAUGCAAAUCAAAACCAAAGAGAAAGAUCUGUUGAUUCACUGUGUCAAGAAAAAAUAGAGAAUCAUACAAGUGUGGUGGGGUUGCCUAGCAAUUGUUCCAGUGGGAGUCUGGAUGGCAAAAGAGGUACAGACAAGCCCUGUUUGGAUACUGUUGAUGAGUCAACAGAAAGGCCAAUGUCUCCAGGAACUUUAGCAUUAAUGUGUGACGAGCAGAAUACUCUAUUUUCUGCAAGUUCUCCUAACGAAUCAACAAGCCUUUGCUGCAAAACAUCUUCCCAAUUGUCUCAUGGUAAAGCCAUGCCAGAAGCCUAUGCAGAGCAGGAGAAAAUCGUUUUGACAAAGUUCCGUGAUUGUCUCAAGAGACUGAUUACGCUGGGAGAUAUAAAAGAAACAAAAUGUUCCUCAAUGGCACGCGCUUCGGACUCGGCUCACCAACGAGGCACCAUAAUCAACGACUCUCAAAAGGAAGUUUAUUUCAAUGGUGUUGCUCCAUCUCCACAGAAAACAUCUCAACCACCGCCGGUAAGUUCUAUGGUUGGGAGUGUGAGUUCUCCCCUCCCUGUUCUUCCCCAAUCAGCUGAGAAUGGGGUUCAAAAACCAAAAUAAUGAAAGUUAAACUCCACUGUAUAGAGAUUUAGCAUGUGAUUUGGCCGAAACGGAUCGACCAUUCGUCAUGUAAUAUUAGGUAAUUGUUGAUUCUGAUUUCUUUUUUGGUGCAGCAGUAAUUAUUUGGGAAGAGCUAACAUACUUCAUAGGUUUUUUUAUCCAUUUUUUUCUAACACUAUUCCAUGGUAUAAUUUGAUUAAAAAAGUUGCCCAGUA